UUAUACCUUUCUUUUCUUGUUUUUUUGUUGACUUGCGGUGUUUCAAAUUCGUUCUUUUUUUCUGUCGCUCGAUGACUCUCUGUCGAGUGUGAGCCAGAAGCGAGAAGCUUUUGUUGGCAACCAGAAAAGAAGUGAGGUUCUUUUGGUAAUUCGUCGGUCCUGUUUAGAGUUUCUGCUUCAUCGAUGCGGUUUCGGUGUCUCGGCCUUUUUCGUUGGCGAAUUUUGUCCAUGGCUGAAACAAGCAAGAAUUCGACUCACUCUUUUGCUCCUAAAUAAAAUUGCAAUGGCAGCAGUACUAGCUUCUUGUGGCUGUUACUGCUACCAUGGGUUUGUAGGUCAAGGAAGAGAUGCAGAUAUUAGCUUUUCCAAUUCAGUUUCAUCUGGGAAGUUCAAAGCUUCGAAAGAGGUUGUCUAUAAUGUCACCGAGACAUGGAGAAAUUCAGUGGUCUUGGCUGAAAUAAGGCAGGCAGGGUCUAGCAAGUCAGAUGCUUCCUGGAUGGAAACAAAUGGGAGUCCUUCUAAGAUGCGCCCUGUUCAGGAAGUAAUGAAAAACAGGAGCUCUACUUCAUCCAAAGGUGUGACCUUGAACGGCCGAAAAAAUGGAGCUUACAACAUGACCUUGGUCAAAGAGAAACCUUCUCUCGCUCUGGUUAAACAGCCAAAACCCGUGGAUAGCAAACAGUCUUCAUUUGCAGAUGACUUAAGGGUACUUCCAUCUGAUGAAGGUUUUAGCUGGGCUAAAGAUGACUAUAAUGCUUGGCAAAGGAGUGCGGAUGUAUGGGCAUUUGUUCUCUCUUUGCGUGGUCGUGUAUUUUUUGACAAUGCCAAGUGGACAUAUGUUGGUGGCUUCAGCGAGGACAAACAAAAAUCCAGGAGGAGGAGUACAGCCUCAUGGUUAAGAGAAAGGGUACUGCAGCUUGGACCAACUUUCAUUAAACUGGGGCAGUUAUCAUCAACAAGGUCUGACUUGUUCCCGAAGGAAUUUGUUGAGGAGCUGGCCAAGUUGCAGGAUCGAGUGCCAGCAUUCUCACCAAAAAAAGCAAGGGAUUUUAUUCAACGCGAGUUAGGGGCUCCUGUUGAUGAAAUAUUCAGGGAAUUUGAUGAUCAACCAAUAGCUGCAGCUAGUCUUGGUCAGGUACACCGUGCCAUACUACACAAUGGUGAAAUGGUUGUUAUCAAAGUUCAAAGGCCUGGUUUGAAGAAACUUUUUGAUAUUGAUUUGAGAAACUUGAAGUUGAUUGCAGAAUAUUUUCAAAAUAGUGAAACUUUUGGAGGUGCUUCAAAAGAUUGGAUUGGUAUCUAUGAAGAAUGUUCAAAGAUUUUGUAUGAAGAGAUUGAUUACAUCAACGAAGGGAAGAAUGCUGACAAGUUUCGCCGGGAUUUUCGGAAUGUAAAGUGGGUCCGGGUCCCUAGAAUAUUCUGGGAUUACACUUCCACAAAGGUGUUGACUUUGGAGUAUGUUCCAGGAAUUAAGAUAAAUAACUUAGAACUGCUAGAUGUCCAAGGUAUUAACCGUUCUCAGAUAUCAUCACGUGCAACAGAGGCAUACUUGAUACAGAUACUUAAAACUGGUUUUUUCCAUGCUGAUCCUCAUCCUGGUAAUCUUGCUGUGGACAAAGAUGGAUCACUUAUCUACUAUGAUUUUGGCAUGAUGGGAGAAAUAAAAUUGUUCACGCGAGAGAGACUACUGGAGUUAUUUUAUGCUGUUUAUGAAAAAGAUGCAAAGAAGGUUAUAAAGUGCCUCGUUGACCUAGGCGCACUAAAACCCACUGGAGACAUGUCUUCGGUGAAAAGAUCUGUUCAGUUUUUCCUAGACAAUUUGUUAAACCAGAGGCCUGAUCAGGAGACGACUUUCACUGCAAUUGGUGAGGAUUUGUUUGCAAUAGCAGUGGAUCAACCUUUCCGUUUUCCUUCAACAUUUACGUUUGUCUUGAGGGCAUUUUCAACGCUAGAAGGUAUUGGAAACAUGUUGGAUUCAGAUUUUUCAUUUGUCAAAGUUGCAGCUCCUUAUGCACAAGAAUUAUUAGACUCUAGACAAAAGCGGGUAAAUGGAGCAUACCUUGUUCAAGAACUGCGGAGGCAAGCAGAUGAUGCUAGAGCUUCCACCAUCUCCAUGCCUUACAGAGUUCAGCGAAUAGAAGAAUUUGUCAAACAACUUGAAUCUGGUGAUCUUAAACUUCGUGUGCGUGUACUUGAGGCAGAAAGAGCAGCUCGAAGGGCAUCAAUAAUGCAAAUGGCCACAGUUUAUACCGUGCUAGGGGGAACUCUGCUCAAUGUUGGAAUUAGCCUAAGCCUCCAGGGGAAUCAAGUAGUUGCAAAUGGAUCCUUUAUUGGUGCAAGCAUCUUCAUGACGUUGUUUGCUUACUCCAUGCAAAGAGUGCAAAAGUUGGACAAGUUUGAGAAGAUGAUAUAGGCUUUGCAUUUUUUGUAUCAUUUUUUAUAAUAUUAUAAAUGGCAAUGAGGCAUCAAUUGUCACAGUGUAUAGCAUUGUGCCUUCUAAAUUAUGUAGAUCACCAGCAUGUCUCAGUCUGGGCGUUGCCUAUCUGAUUCAUCUGUAAAUGGAAAUGAAUAGGAAAUUCAAUGAAAAUAGAAAAAUUUUGUUCA